UGAAAAGAAGCAGCCGCCCAUGUGACUUCUGACGUUUCAGCCGAGUCCUGCUAAAAAGAAUUCGAGGGAAUGAUCCUGCUGCUCACCAAGGGGAUCCACGGUGGCUUCCUGACGUCCGCUUUGAGGAAGUCCGAAAGUUAGUCCAUUUACCGACUGGCUUUUUUUUCUUUCUGUGUGUCUUGAAGACUGAGUCGUGAUGUCUGGCGAACAGGAGGUACAAGAGGCUAUGAACGCAUACACUGUAACCCUGAGCGGCCCUGCGCCCUGGGGCUUCAGGCUGCAGGGAGGGAAGGACUUCAGCAUGCCCCUCACCGUGUCAAGGCUGACCCCGGGUGGGAAGGCAGCCCAGGCUGGUGUUGGGGUUGGAGACUGGGUGGUGUCCAUCGAUGACUCUAAUGCAGAGGACAUGACCCACGUGGAGGCACAGAACAAGAUCAGAGCAGCAACAGACUCCCUCUCUCUCACCCUCAGCAAAGCUUUUAAAGCAGUUGGAGACCAGAAGGACUCACUCGCUGCCGCUUCUGUUCCAAAGUACUCGUUUGCCCCCAGCACAACCAUUAACAAGAUGGCGAGGCCGUUUACAGCAGGUGGCGGUAGUGCCAACUCAGGACCUGUUAUUAAACCUGUGGCCUACUCACCUAAACUUAACACUUCCCGCUCACAGGGUCCCGCCAGUAUGCAGCAGCCUCAGAAUGGCCUUGAGCCAACUCCCUCACCUGCCAAGGCCCAGGCAGCACAUAAACCAGAUGGAUCAAAUACGGCAGUGGCAGCUGUGGGCCGCUCUGGUCCGUCAAAUCGACCACCCUGGGUCACUGACCCAGGUUUCGCCGACCGCUUUCGCCCAGACAAGACCAGCACUGUGCUGACCCAGCACCAGCAGCCGGUUCAGCCGACGCCCAUGCAGAACCGCAGCUCGAUCCUGCAGGCGGCGCAGCAGGGUCCGGAAGACAGCGGGAGGACCCCGCUGUGUGGUGCCUGCAACAAAAUCAUAAGGGGUCGGUACCUGGUGGCCCUGGGACGUUCUUGGCACCCAGAGGAGUUUACGUGUUCACAGUGUAAGGCGGUCCUGGAUGAGGGGGGCUUCUUUGAGGAGAGAGGGUCUGUCUACUGCACCAAGUGCCAUGAUAACCGAUACGCUCCUAACUGUGCCAAGUGCAAAAAGAAGAUCACAGGGGAAAUCAUGCAUGCCCUGAAGAUGACCUACCAUGUUCAGUGUUUCAAGUGUGCAGCCUGCAAGACGGCCAUCAGGAACCAAGCCUUCUACAUGGAGGAGGGCGAACCCUACUGUGAGAAAGACUAUGAGAAGAUGUUCGGCACCAAAUGCCACGGCUGUGACUUUAAGAUUGAUGCGGGCGAUCGGUUUCUGGAGGCCUUGGGCUACAGCUGGCACGAUACGUGCUUCGUCUGUGCGCUCUGCCAGAUCAACCUGGAGGGGAAGACGUUCUACUCCAAGAAGGAUAAGCCCCUGUGCAAAGGCCAUGCCUUCGCUCCAGUGUGAGAGAGCGAGGUCCAUCUUCAGAGGAAGCAACACUCUCUCCCUCAUCUUUACCCUCAUCUGCUCUCAAACACUCUACAUCUCCUCUUUACCAAACACACACAUAGUUAGACUCAGUCUUUUUUUAUCCUGCAGACUUUGUUUUUAUAUUUGAGGCUUGAUGUUAGCUUCAUGUGCUGUUAGGACGGUUCAAAUGUAGCUGUCUGUAACACCAAAUGCUGUGUUUUAUAACUGGAAGUAGUCAAGGGAUUAAUCCAUGGCAUCACUAACUUUUGGACUUUUAAAACAUUUUUAGAUUGGAUUUUUCCACUGCAGCUCUCCCACAUUUAAUUGAAGUUGUUCACACAAGCUCUCUCUACUCUGCUAAUCUCGUCCUUGUUCAGUCUGAAAUAAGAUCAAGUCAGUUUCUUCCCAGCUGGAAGAGGUGUUUAGCCUCUAAUAAUUUCACACAUUGCAGUAAUGUAGUCCUGUGCUAAGUGCAGAGAAGAGGUGGCCCCAUUCAGGACCCCGUCCCACUCUCACUGCAUCGCCUAUUAACGUAAUGGUGGUCCAGUCAAGCAGAAAGGAGGGUGUCUCAUACCUGCCUCACUGGACCCCUGCCCCUCUUCACAGAAGCACUGACUGCCUCAUGUAUUACCCAUGCACUGCAGUUAACCAUCGCUCUGACUCAUGGAAUUCUCCUUAAUAGAUCUCAUUAGUAGUCUCACAUGUAACGGAGGAAGCUGUAAAAUGUUUCAUACAUAAAUCUUUUAAUCAAAGUUUUGAACUUCCCAUCAUGUAUUAGACAUUUUAAUGGAAAGAAAAAAAAGAACUAAUGUUGUCCUUCAUGUUACUUUGAUGUUGUGAUGGUUCCUUAGAUUACUUUCAUGCUGUUUUGAAUAUGUAUAUUUAUAUUGCUUCAGAAUGGGCCUGUGAGUGUUGUUGUUUUUUAUAGCUGCUGAAUGUUUCAAAUAAAAUAAUGUAGUAAUACCA